AUGCCGGGCAAGAAAGUCGUUAGAUGGGCGUUAUUGGCUGUUUUAUUACUAUGCCUUUUUCUCCUUUUCCAAAGCACCACAAUGGACGGAAGAAGCUCGCCGGUAUGCCAAAAAACUAAGAAAACAGGGACGCUUUCACUGAGCCUAUCGGCCACGAGAGGCCCCUCCGGACUUGGGAAUCAGCUGUUCGAGAUUUUGGCUUUACUGGGAAUUGCCGACCUCACAAAUCGAGCGCCUCUCCUCCACCUCGACAGCACCAGGCUUUUCGACCGUCUUCUUGCAAUUAGGACCACAUUUCCGGGCCUUAUUUCCAGACUCCAGUACACAAUGGACAGUCCUCAGAUGCCAACCAUAAAACUUCACGAAAAAGGCUGCUGCCGCUUCUCCUCCCUCGAUGCACUAAUGGGAAGGAACGAGACGGCGCUGCUGGGAACUGGGAGAUAUUUUCAGAGUCACCUUUACUUUUCGCACCUGAGAACGGAGAUUUUGAAAUGGAUGCAGCCGUCGAAAAAUGUUACUGCAGAAGCGGAAAAAGUGCUUAGGAAAAGGGAUGUUUCGGGGAAUGUCCUAUGCGUGCAUGCCAGACGCGGGGAUUUCAUCCGUGAGAAAUUUCCCCAAGCAUCGGAUGCAAAUUUCACGCGAUUUGCCACCGAGUGGAUACUGAAGAAAUAUGGGCAAGCAGAUAAAAUUGGCACAGUUUUGUUAUUUUCGAAUGAUCCCGCGUGGUUGAAUUCGACGUUUUCGGCCGUAUUUCACGGCGCGAAUAGGAUCAGUAAUGGCUACAAAACUUCCUCGUUACGCUAUAUAUUUCCGGAUACAAAAUCCAAUUUUGCGACCCUCGUCCUAGCGCAUUUGUAUUGCAAUCGAGUGUUAACAACCGCCCCGCCCUCGACAUUCGCUUGGUUCAUGGGAUUUUUGGCGGCAAAUGGGACCGGGAAGGUUCAUUUUUCGGAGACCUACGCAAAGCCUGGUGGAGGCCUCGAAAAGCAGCUGAUACCUUCGGAAUUUUUCCUGCCAGACUGGAUUCCGUUACGAAUGCACGAUACGUCUAAUUUCGAAGAGAUCCGGAUAGACGAAAUUCGACCAUUUAUACCACCAAAAACG